CACAUUUGGGAAUAGAAAAUUGCUCAAAGAGGCAUUGAUCUUUGCCAGCAACUGUCGAUCCGUACUCACAACUAUCGAUCUCUGCUCGCAGUUGUUGAUCUACGCCAACGACUAUUGAUCCAUGCCAGCGAUUGCCGAUCUCUGCCGGUAGCUAUCAAUCCACGCCAAUGAUUGCCAAUCUUUGCCAGCGGCUGCGGAUCCAAGCUAAUAACUGUCGAUCUCUGCCCAAGACUGUCGAUCCACACCAAUGAUUGUUGAUCUCUGCUACAGCUGUCAAUCCUCGCCAGCGACUACUGAUCUUUGCCAACGAUGGCCAAUCUGGCAUUUUGUCUAUAACCCAUUUAGUGCAGGAAGUUCAUCCCUCGUUUCUGCCAAUCGUCUGAUCUUUAAGGUGCAAUUCACGACGUUCUUCUAUCAACUCACAAGCUGAGUUCCACGCUUGGAAAGAAAAGAGGGUCGUCGAAAAAAUCUUUCUUGUUUUGAGCAAAGCAAGUGGCAUGCCAUUUCAUCUACCACGUGUCAAGGAGAUUUUUUUGAGAUAACAAUCUCUUUUUGGCACGCCCAGUGGGACCUCCUACUGGCAAUUGUCUAUCAAGAAAAGUUUUUUGAUCCUCUUUUGCUUUUCCUGGGCAUAAAGCAGCCAUAGCCAUGCCUAGGAGGGUUGGAAAAGAAGUUGCACAACAAGUGGAAGUGGCUCCUGUGAGUCCAAGACAUUCUGAAGGUGAAAAUAGUCCAAAGCAUCUUCCACCUAUUUCUCCCUUGGCUAAUCGCUCAUAUGGCAAUCCCAUAUAUCGCAAUGAUGAUGAGGAGAAAGUUGAUUCUGCUGAGUCAAGCAAUAAAAUAUCUCAAGAACUUCAGCAGAUAAGAAAGCUACAAGAAGAAGCCAAUCAGAACAUGGAGCGGCCAUUCAUGACAUCUCGAGCUAUUCGAGAAGAAGUAACAGAAAGUCAUAGAACCUUCACUGUAGUUUCUAAGAAAAGCAUGGAACAUGUUCGACAGCAACAAAAUGUUCCAAGGCAACCCGUGGUGCAACAGAUGCCCAAUACUCAAAAUAAUGCUCUUGGUGCAGUCCAGGUGCAGUUCAAUAGGCAGCAACAAAACAAUCUUGCUGGUGGCAUCCUUGGACCACAAGAUCCUGUGGAAGCAGCAUUCCGUGCAGCUGAGCAACUCAACGCCAAUCAACAAAGAUAUGUACCUCCUGCAUGUCGUCCAAAUGCAGCCCCACAGCCCAACUUCCAGAAUAAGGCCUUUCAACCAUUAGGGCUGCAAGCAGCACCCCCUCCCUUUGAUAGAAAUCAACUUAUUGAUCUAGUCAAGGAGACAUAUGGUCCAGCUUUAAGACCAUUGGUUCGUCCUUCCUAUCAUAAGCUGUAUCCAGAUUACAUAGAUCGGGAUAAUCCAUUUCCUCGUGGAUUUAAAGUGCCUGAAUUUACUUUGUUUUCUGGGGACGCAAGCCAGUCAACCAUUGAACACAUUGGUAGGUUCACUAUUCAAUGUGGGGAGGCAUCGAGUGAUGAUUUUUUGAAGUUGAAACUCUUCCCAAGUUCUUUAACGGAGCAAGAGUUUGUGAAGCUUGCUCAGAAUGGUUUAGACAUUGAACUUGGAAAGAAGUUUGAGGGGAUGGAAUUCAGAGAUUUCUUUGAGCUCUCUUAUAAGGUGGCACGUUAUGAGAACCUUUUAAGAGAGGAAUCCCAAAGAAAGGCAGCGUCGCAAGGAACUUAUUAUCAGGAUGCUUUUGACCUUGAUGUUGCCGAGGUUCCACAACGUUCUCUCGCAAAGGAAAGGAUGGUGUGGAAGAGAAAAGAGAGUCAAGAGGUUGCUGUCCAGAAUGAAUCUCAGCCAAAGGUGCCACCUCUUAAGCUCACCUUAUUGAUUGUUAAUGAAAAUGAGUUGAAGGCAACCUUUGAAGCAGAUCAGCAAGCAGAGUUGACUAGCGAUGAUAAUUUUCUUGAGGACAUGGAUGUUCUGCAGAUUGGUAGCAUCUCUAUUAAUCUCUCUUGUUUGGUUCUCACGCUUCCUUUGGUUUUUCAAGCCAAGGGCAGCGAGACUACCCAUGUUUCCAAUGGCAGCAUGCUUGUUGAGGAAGAAGUGAUAAAGGUUCUAGCCCAAGAAGAGGAAGAGGAGCACGAUAUCCUUUUAGAACAAAUUAUCUUUAACAAACCAGAUGAAAGUGUGGCUCGUCAUAUAAAGCUACUCUACAUUUCAGCUCACAUGGAUGGAGUUCCAAUGAAUCGAGUCCUUGUUGACAAUGGAGCAGCAGUCAACGUCAUACCUUCUUUUAUGCUAAGGACUUUGGGUAAAAAUUCUGAGGACUUGGUUUAUACUGACGUAACCAUCAAUGAUUUCACAAGUGGUGUUAGCAAAUCAAAAGGAGUGCUACCGGUUGCACUUACUGUCGGCAGCAAGACAUCAAUGAGUGCUUUCUUUGUUGUAGACUCUUUUGCAACUUAUAAUGCAUUACUGGGACAUGAUUGGAUCCAUUCGAAUUGUUGUGUUCCAUAUAUUCUCCAUCAAAGACUCAUUUUUUGGAAUGGAGGCAAAACUGAGGUGGUUUAUGCUGACAACAGACCAUUCUUAGCCAAUUCCAAUAUGGUGGAAGCAUGGUACUAUGAUAAAGACGUAGGAACCAGCCGUUUCUUCGGCAUGGAUAGACAAGGAAGACCUCGUGGAAUCACUGCUUGCAACAAGCCUACUUUGGCUAAGUAUGUGGUUGACGAGGUGGUACAUGAAGGUGAGGAGGACACCCAUACCGACGGAGUCACAAUGGAAGAGCUAGAUCUGGCCCCUGUAAAGUUGGAUGACCUCAGGGCCGAUGUACAAGAUCCAUUGAAGGAAGUUAAUCUGGGAACAGAGGCAGAGCCAUGCAUUACUUUUGUCAGUGGUUUGCUACCGCCAGAGAUGCGAGAUAACAUAAUUUGUUUACUACAUGAAUUCAAAGAUUGCUUUGCUUGGGAUUAUUCUGAGAUGCCAGGUUUAGACCGAGAGUUGGUAGAACAUAGACUACCAAUCAACAAAGGAUAUAAGCCGUACAAACAGCUGCCACGCCGUAUGUCUCCAAAAGUGAUUUUGAAGGUGAAGGAAGAAGUGGAGCGGCUGCAUAAAGUUGGUUUUAUACGGAUAGCCAGAUACUCAGAAUGGUUGUCUAAUAUUGUUCCAGUAGUGAAGAAGAAUGGAAAGCUCAGAGUCUGCAUUGAUUUUUGGAACUUAAAUCUAGUCACACCGAAGGAUGAAUACCCCAUGCCAGUAGCAGAUUUACUUGUUGAUGGGGUUGCACGCCAUCGCAUUUUAUCUUUUAUGGAUGGGCAUAGUGGCUAUAAUUAGAUCUUUAUUGCAGAGGAAGAUAUAAGUAAAACGACGUUUCGUUGCCCUGGAAACAUACGUAAGUAUGAAUGGGUCAUGAUGCCGUUUGGGUUGAAAAAUGCAGGAGCUACAUAUCAGCGGGCCAUGAAUGCAAUUUUCCAUGAUAUGAUUGGCCGCUUCAUGGAGAUUUAUAUUGAUGAUGUUGUUGUUAAAUCCAUGGAGGAUGAAGAACAUUUGGAGCAUUUGAGGAAAGCUUUUGAAAGAAUGCGACAGCAUGGUUUGAAGAUGAAUCCUCUCAAGUGUGCUUUUGGUGUUACGGCAGGGAAUUUUUUGGGUUUUCUGGUUCAUGAACGAGGCUUGGAGGUGAACAAAAACAAAGCAAGGGCCGUAAUUGAAGCGCGGCCACCACAAAAUAAAAAGGAAUUACAAAG